UGAAUAUACAACACGUGCAGCGCGUAAACAGCAAAUAAUUAAAUUUUCAUUAGUUUUUACCCGCUAUAACAAUGGCCGACGACGCCGGCCAGGACAAGCGCAAGCAGCACCGUGCCCGCCAAUCCGGCGUGAAGGCGGACAAGAAGAAGGAGAAGGUCAAACGCGACUCAAAUCAAAAGGAGCCCGAGCUGACGGCCAGGCAGCGGAAUCCAAAGGCGUUUGCCAUCAAUUCAGCGCAGCGUGCGGAGCGUAACUUUCGACGCAAGGAGGAUAUAACAGCCAAGAAGCAGCACAUACCGGUGGUGGACCAGACGCCCGAUGAGCCGCCGCCAGUGCUGAUUGCCGUCGUGGGACCACCAAAGGUGGGCAAGACGACGGUGAUCAAGGACCUGAUCAAGACCUUCACACGCACCAAUGUGACGGAGAUCAAGGGUCCCAUCACCAUUGUGACCUCGAAGAAGCGUCGCAUCACACUGCUGGAGUGCAACAACGACGUCAACUCGAUGAUCGAUGUGGCCAAGUGCGCGGAUCUGGUGCUGCUGCUCUGCGACGCCAGCUACGGCUUCGAAAUGGAGAUCUUCGAGUUCCUGAACAUCUGCCAGGUGCACGGCAUGCCCAAGAUCAUGGGCGUGCUCACCCACCUGGACAUGAUCAAGAAUCCCAAGCAGCUGCGCAAGCGCAAGAAGGAGCUGAAGCAUCGCUUCUGGACGGAGGUGUACGACGGAGCGAAGCUCUUCUACCUCUCCGGCCUGCUGCACGGCGAGUACUUGCGCAACGAGAUAAAGAAUCUGGGUAGAUUCAUAUCCGUGAUGAAGUUCCGGCCGCUGCAGUGGCGCGGCGCCCACAGCUAUCUUGUGGUGGACCGCAUGGAGGAUGUCACCAACACGGACCAGGUGCGCCGCAAUCCCAAAUGCGACCGGGAGGUGGUGCUCUAUGGCUAUGUGCGCGGUGUGCCGCUCAAGCAGGAGCACAUGGUGCACAUUGCCGGCCUGGGGGAUGCGCGCAUCGAUGAGCUGAGCGUGAUACCCGAUCCCUGCCCACUGCCGGGCACCGAGAAGAAGCGCAGUCUGCUGGAGAAGGAGCGUCUGCUCUAUGCACCCAUGUCCGGUGUGGGCGGCAUUGUCUACGACAAGGAUGCCGUCUACAUUGAGCUGCAGGGCUCGCAUUCGCACUCGCACAAGGAGAAGACAGCCGAGGCCACCGAGCAGGAGGAGCUGGUCAACCGGCUGAUCGAGAAGAAGGCCACCAUGGACCAGCAGAUGGAGCAGCAGGAGUUCCGACUCUUCUCCGAUGGUGCGCCCAUCAAGUCGAAGGAUUUCCGCAGCGAUGAUGAGGCGGCGCAGAGCAGCGAGGACGAGGACGAAGAAGGCGUCGAUUCAGGUCUGGAGGCAGCUGCUUCGGAUGAUGAGCAGGAGGAGCAGGAAGAGUUUGACGCCAAUGACUGGCGCGGCGAAAACAGCGAUGAGGAUGAGGACUCCGAUGCGCAGGCAGCGGACAGUGACGAUGGCUCCUCUGGCGAUGAAGAGUAUCAAAGUUUGGGCGCUGCACCAGCUGGCUCUGACUCUGAGGAUGAUGAGGGGGAGGACGACGAUGAGGAGGCACGCGUGCUGGCCAGCAACAUGAGCUGGAAAACGAAUCUGGCGCAAAAGGCGCGCGAUGCCUUUCUGCAGCGUCACUCGGAGUCCAAGAAUCUGAUGCGCCUCGUCUAUGGUGGCUACAACCAGAGCGAGAGAAGCAGAGAGGACCAGCAGGAGCAGGAGGAUGCCAACGACUCGGACGACGAGCUGGGCGGCCUGUUCCGUGUGGCGGCCAAGAAGCAAAGCGAGCAGCUCAAGGACAAGGACAUACGGGACAAGGAGGAGCGCUGCUUCUUCGAGUAUCAAGGCGGUGCCACACGGGACUGGCUGAGCGAGGAGAACAAGCUGCUGAUCAAGAACUGCUUUGUGACGGGCAAAUGGAAGGCCUCCGAGGAUGCAGAGAAUCUGCUGAAGAUGGACGACAUGAGCGAUGCGGAAAGCGAGGUUUAUGGCGACUUUGAGGAUUUGGAAACCGGCGAACAGCACAGCGGCAAGCCCAAGCCAGAGAAGGGAGACGACUCCGACAAAGAGGAAGCCAAGCCAGAGGAGCCUGCAGCCAGUGGCAAGCGAAAGAUGACCCGCGUGGAGGAGGAGAACCUCACCAAGGCCGAUCUGAUGGCCAAGAAACUGAAGCUAAAGGCGAAAUUCGAUGCGGAGUACGACAACACGGGGGAGAAGGGCGGCGAGGAGGAUACUGGCCGCAUCACUGGCGACCACUCCUUCUACGAGGACCUCAAGGCGGAGGCCCAGAAACAGAGCGAACUCAACAAGAGUGAAUUUGCCCAUUUGGACAACGAGUUUCGCAUCCAAAUCGAGGGCUAUCGGCCUGGGCUGUAUGUCCGACUGGGCUUUAAGACGAUUCCAGCGGAAUUUGUGGAGAACUUUGAUGCCAGCUACCCGGUGCUGGUGGGCGCCCUCAACAUGACCGAGGAGAACGUGGGCUACGUCAACUGCAAGGUGAAGAAGCAUCGCUGGUACAAGAAGAUUCUCAAGACGGGCGAUCCCCUCAUCGUUUCGAUGGGCUGGCGCCGCUUCCAGACGGUCGCGAUAUAUGCCAAGGUGGAGGAUAACUUUCGGCAUCGCUACCUGAAGUACACGCCGAACCAUGUCACCUGCAGCAUGACCUUUUGGGGUCCAAUUACGCCACAGAAUACGGGCUUCCUCGCGCUGCAGACGGUGCGUCAGGAUCAGGAUGAGAUGAAGCGGCUGGGCUUCAGGAUUGCGGCCACGGGCUGUGUCACCGAGCUGGACAAGUCCUCGCAGAUCAUGAAGAAGCUCAAGCUGGUGGGGCAUCCGUUCAAGGUCUUCAAGAAGACCGCCUUCGUCAAGGACAUGUUCAACUCGUCGCUGGAAGUGGCCAAGUUUGAGGGAGCCAAAAUCAAGACGGUGUCCGGCAUACGCGGACAGAUCAAGAAGGCGCACCACACGCCCGAGGGCUCCUAUCGCGCCACCUUCGAGGACAAGAUCCUGCUGAGCGACAUUGUCUUUUGCCGCACCUGGUUCCGGGUGGAUGUGCCGCGAUUCUAUGCGCCCGUCACGUCGCUGCUGCUGCCGCCGGAGCAGAAGAGCCACUGGCAGGGCAUGAAGACGCUGGGCACACUGAAGCGGGAGCGUGCGCUGCAGAACGAGGCGCAGCCCGACAGCAUGUACAAGGAGAUCGAGCGCAAGGAGAAGAUCUUCCGUCCCCUGACCAUACCCAAGGCGCUGCAGCGGGCCCUGCCCUACAAGGACAAGCCCAAGAUGGCGCCGGAGCAUGCCAAAAAGUCGCUGGAACGGGUGGCGGUCAUCAACUCGCCGUACGAGCAAAAGGUGGCCAAAAUGAUGAAGAUGAUUACCACCAACUACCAUGACAAGAAGAAUCGGGAUCGCCUGGAGACGAAGCAGCGCAUGAAGAAGUUCCGCGAGAAGAAAAAGUCCGAGGAGGCAUCCAAGAUGAAGCGCCAGAAGGAGCUGCGCAAAAAGGUCUCCCGUGCCAUCAGCAAAGUGCGCGGCAAGCAGACGAAAUGAGUUACAGACGGACGUAAAAUGUGAAAUAAACAAAA